UUGAAGCUCCGUCUGCUGCAGAGCAUUCCUGCGUGGCAAUGAUUCCGCCGACUUCGAUAUAAGCUAACUGGGUCGUGCGGACAGUGCCAGUGUCAGUGAUUGGGCGACUGAGCUCCUACGAAUCCCAUAUCGUCUGCAAGUUUCUGAAGGAGUUAUGUGGACGACGCUGAGAUUCACGAUGUCCAACCUCGCUUACAGCACCGUCCUCGUCUUCUUCCUCUUCCCCCCCUUCGCCAGCAGUGAGUCCGUGCCAUGCCCCUUCAACCCUCUCUGCACGUGCAGACACGACAUCACCAGCGAAGCCACCUGCGUCUCCAUUCCGUACACCACCCUUCCCCAAUUACCAGCUGGCAUCAGCCGCUUCACUCUCACCCGUACACCAUCCCUCCUAGCCCUGCGCAACGCCACCACGUCUCCGUCACCAGACCUCACUAACCUUCGCAUCACGAGCACCUCACUCUCCCGAAUCGAAUCGUGCGCUUUCUGCUCGUACGACCUCACCUCCCUCGACCUUAGCAACAACAAGUUGAGGACCUUCCCUGGACGAGCAGUCCAAAGUCUCGGAAAGCUCCAAUGGUUGAACCUCAGGGGGAAUCUCAUAGAGAACCUCACCGAUAUAGAUAAGGUGUCAGAUACGUUAAGGAGUCUUCACUUAUCGAGAAACGCCCUUCGCCGUAUAGCCGACCGCAAGUUCAAUACCUUGAGGUACCUCACUGUCCUGGACCUCAAUGAGAACAACAUUUUCAAAAUCGUUGGCAAACCUUUUCCUCUAUCUCUGCUCCGCGUGAAUCUGUCGGGUAAUCUUCUCGAAAGCGUUCCCAGACGCGCUUUGUCCGGGUUGUCUUCUCUCGCCUACCUCAUCUUAAGCGACAACCACAUCAAGGAACUUCCGUCCAACUGGAGCCUCCCGACUCCCCGCUUAGAGACGUUAGACCUGAGCCGAAACCUAAUAUCACUGUUGCCAGAGAGACUUCUAAACUCCGCCAUUUUUGUACGCAAACUUGAUCUCGGAGCCAACUUCAUUCAGCAGCUUCCUUCGAGCGUCCUUCGGGGAAUAAAACUCCAGGCACUUUCCCUCGCCUUGAACCACCUCAAGGCCCUGCCAGAUGGAUGCUUCGAGGGACUUGAGACCACCCUUAACGAAGUGGACCUCAGUCAGAAUUACAUUGAAAGCUUCCCGCCAGCGCUGAAGGCACUGCGUAAGUUAAAGACACUCAAUUUAAGCGGCAACCGGCUUGCUGCACUCGAUGAAUACGACUUGUUCACUGCACGCGAUACUUUGGAAGCGGUAGACCUCUCGAGCAACAUUUUUGAAGACGUACCAAAGACCGCCAUCAAGUUUCUCCUCAGACUCUCUCGUCUCAACUUGAAAGACAACUGGAUCAACCACAUUGAAGUGGACGAUUUCCGACAGGGGUGCGAACGCUUAACGGACCUAGAGCUGUCCUUCAACAAGAUCCAGACGCUCCCUUCGGACGCUUUCAUAAAACUCACCUCCCUAAAAGCGCUUCAUCUAGCGUUCAACCCUUUAACUACUCUCGACGCCAGCGUGUUUAUCCCUUUGCGUCACACCCUAGAAACUCUCGACGUAUCCUCAAGCUUCAACGAUCCUGCAAACUUUCAAAACAUUCUGUCGGCAGAACUUCGACGGUUGCACGUAGUACACGCGUCCUACAACCAUAUCCAAUCCAUACCAAAGCACAGUGACCUUUUAGACCUGGCUACAUUGAACCUCAACGACAACGCAGUCACGGAAGUCUCACCUGGUACGUUGAACCCGGAUGUCUACCUAAAGCUAAAGACGAUCCAUCUAGCUAACAACCUCAUUAAAAGCCUCCCACCGGAGACAUUCUACAAUCUGUCCAACCUGGACAGCAUUGCUUUGUCCUCAAACUCAAUCAGAUCUAUCUCCAGCAAUUCUUUUAGACAUCUUCCUCGCCUUCAGGAGAUCCUGCUAGACCAUAACGUCAUCACCUCCCUUUCUCCUAGCUCAUUUGAUGACCUUCCUCUCCUCGCUCACGUCUCUUUCACUCGCAACAAAUUGGAGGAACUGGACCUCAAGGUCUUCCAUCGUGUGGGAAACUUCUCCCACACCUUAGCCCUCGACUUCUCGCACAACUCAAUCGGUCGCCUGUUGUCGCCGACGUCAGCUUUCCUUUCUGACGACUUUACACUCCACGUGUCCGACCUCAACCUCAGCCACAACAAAAUCUCUUCCAUUCCUGCCGGGUUCUUCUGGUCGAUCCGACGUCGCCUCUUCAAGGUCGACCUCUCGCACAACCGCCUGGCGUCCCUCUCUGUCGAGACAGUGUCGGAACUUCCGCGAAUUCAAGUCCUCUACCUCAACGACAACAAGAUAGCGAAACUGUCUCCAAGAGCCUUCCAGGCCGCGUCUCAGCUUCAGGUCUUGAACCUUUCCGGAAACUCGUUGAACACAGUGCCGUCCGAGGCCUUCGCGAAACUUGUUCACUUGACCACAGUCGACUUGAGCCGCAACGUAAUCGUGUCCUUACCAGAGGACGCAUUCGACGGCACCGCCUUACAACAACUGGACUUGUCCGGAAACAAACUUGUCCGUCCAUUCACGAAGACUUACUUGCCAAUACGAAGCACAUUUCAACAGCUCGACCUAUCUUUCAACCGAAUUGUCGUCGUGGCGGCCUUCGAAUUCGGUUCCCUGUACAACGUCGAAAGCCUGAACUUGUCUUCCAACAAGAUCGUCGUCUUGCCAGAAAACGCCUUCGCAAACCUAACACGUCUUCAGGUUCUUGACCUCUCCAGCAACCCGUUAUGGAGGGUCGAGCCAGCGUCCCUCACACCGUUGACGUCGCUGGAAGCCCUCUACCUCAACAACGCCAGUUUGACCCACGUCCCGCAGAUCUUCACCCCGGAGCUGACCUUGUUAUCGCUGAGGUCUAACGCCAUCCUGAACUUGUCUGACGAUUCGUUUGUCGGUGUCCCGCGUCUGAGGGAAGUGGACCUUGCCGAGAACAAGAUACAAGACUUCACUGGAGAAGUGUGGAAACCCGUGGGUGGCAUACGGAGGCUGGACAUCUCGAUGAAUCCCAUUCAGAUCCUGGGGUUCAGGAACUUAAGGUUUCUCGAGAACAUGCAAGAGCUGGACAUACGGGGACUGGACUUGAGGUUUCUGGACGCCAGGGCACUGGACGAUCUCAAAGUGCUUCGGACGGUGAAGGCCAACACCUAUUCGGAAGUGCGAGCUUUCAGGCUCCAGGAACUGCUUUCCAGAAGCAAGUCCCUGAGGAACAUCGUCAUCGAAAUUCUGGAAGCCACCCUCUCCUACCAGAUCCAAUGGUCCUUCACCGAAAAGAUCCAGCACAUACACAUCUACGGCUCCAAGCUCAAUCACCUGACAGCGGAUACCCUGACGGGAUUACAUCCUCACGGACCGUUCACCUUACGGCUCGGUCCAACGGGUCUGAAGAAUCUACCCACGGCCCUGGUGCACCAACUGUACGGCCUGCCUUGGCUUACGCUGGACCUGACCGACAACGAGCAUCUCAGUACCGUGCAAGACGAAGAGGAAAGCGAAGAGAACGAUGAAACAGCGGGAGAUAAGGAACAGGAAGAAGAUAAGAAACGUUGGAAACGACUGCCGGGGCACAGGCUACUGGGAUCCCUACACAUCGGGGGUGUGCCUUGGGUCUGCGACUGCCGUCUCCUCUGGAUAAAGCGGUGGCUGCAGCGGCAACGCAUCACCGGUGUGGACGGCCGCUUUCGAACGGUUCACACGGACGGCGACGAGCCGCAAUGCGUCGCGGCGCCCAGCCAAACUCGAGUUCCCAUCAUUGAUCUGAAACCUGGCACGUCGAACUGCGCGCUCCACCUGACGUCUGGCGGAAACCCCAUUCUACGUGAUCACUCUAAUACUGUUUGGCCCUCCAUCAUUGGCUGCGCGAUUACUUUGACUACCAUGCUCAGUCACGUGUUUGCGGUCACGUGAUGAAACACAAGAUGGUGCCGUGUUGUGAUUUCUUCCAUAUGGACCAAGUUGAGUUUCAUACAGACGGCUGUCAGCAUCGUGGACGAUACUUGGGACGUUGCCAGACGAGAACUCGUUCGUUCCAGCAACAAGAAAACGUUGGGUGUACAUCGCUAACGCCUUGUCUGAAAAGCUUCGAUGCAGCUUUGUGAACCUUACCGUGCAUUCACACGGAGGACAUCCUCACGGAAGAUUCUAGUGGAAGGAAAAGCGAAAACACUGCUCACAGAGCCCAAGUUCCGUUCCGUCCCAUCCCAUGUUAUGUCCAGCAUUCACACGGUGCCAUUCAUAUAGCAGACGACACCGUCAAUUCAUAUAGCAGACGACACCGUCAGCGUCCUUUCCUGUCGUCUGCUACGAAAUAUCUUGUGGCUGUGUCGCAGGAUAUUCCCCACGGUUAGCAGUGUACGUGAAGACACGACGCUGAGUGCUCGCGCUCACGUGAUAGCAGAAAGCUAUGACGUGUUCUUUUUUUCCUUUUCUUUUUUUUUUUUUGCAUUUUCCGCUGUAUUCUGGGGAGUGUCCUUCGUGUGAAUACACGGUUACUGAAAGGUGACGAGAAAUCUCGCGUGUUACUUACGAAAGUGAAGCUAUGUAUCGCACGUGCGACAGAUGCGCUGAAGUCGUAUACUAGUGAACGCGGCGAACGCCUUCGCUAUCGUGGAGAAUGUGUUAUUUUGUGGAGAAUUCAACCUAAG